GAUACUUUGAAUAUUCAGACGGUUUGGAGAUUUGUAAACAAUGCACCAGCUAAGUAACACAAAUUGAUCCUUGAUCUGUCUGAAUAUGGAAGUAGAACUUACUUUUGAUGCAGUGAAUUCUUGUAACUUUGCGAGAAAGCGGCAAGCGGCUCCGGAGAGCUGUUCAGAAACACAAUCGAAGAAGCGACCAUGUCUCGAAGACUGUUACUGGAGUUUGGAUAAAGCUUGCAAUGAGGGAUCAGAGAACAGAUCCUUAAGUUGCACAAUGCCCAUAGUUUUAACACAUCAACGACCAGAUAGUAAUUUUCCAUCGUCAUCUGACCCUUACACUACUUCAUUCACUGGACACAGCUUCAAGGACAUUAACUGUAACAUAUUGAAUCAAGAGAAUCAGUCGCAGGAAAUGGACAUUUCAUGUGAUACAACAACAACAACAAGUAGAGCACUCCAUCAGCAGACCUUUUCUGUCCCACCCAUCAUAGCUCAGUAUUAUUCAUCUUCAGCAUCCUGCUUUCGCUGCUUGAGAGGAGAAGCGGGACAUAUGAACCACCUGACCAGUUGAUCAGCAGUCUUAUGAGCAUUGACAUUGAUAUUCCCUGGAAGAUUACGCAGAACGGAAGUACGAUGAUUGUCCGGAUACGACAAAGUGGUGGCGAAGACUUCCGAAAGCUUCCGUUGAUGAUCAGGGUCCACCAUGUAACUAGUUCGAUAUAAACUCGACGUGCAAUUGUUUUCCAAUUCGGAAAAGUUUGCAGCGUUUUUCUUGUCUUUGUUUCCGAGUCAUAUUUAACCAUUCUUUGAAACUUCUCUUACUUAACCUCCGACAUCUGAUAUUACAUAUAACUGACUCCUCUCUCCGUAACCGUUACAUUCCGCUGAUAUACUAGGCGUUGUUUUACAUUACUUUGUGCUGCGUUACGUCGACGAAUUCAUGGACCUGUUAAGUAUAUUAACGAGGAUGCUGGCUGGCCAGUCCUUACAAAUUUCUCCAAAUAAAUGACACUCAUUGUGUA